AUGAAUCAGGCGGACGUGGACAAACAGAUCAACCAGAUGGUGCAGUUCAUCAAGCAAGAGGCGAACGAGAAGGCGCGCGAGAUCGCCAUCGCGACCGAGGAGGAGUUUAACAUCGAAAAGCUCUCCAUGGUGGAUGGGGAAAAGAUCAAAAUAGCGAAGGAGUACGAACGAAAAGAAACCACCGUGGACACGGCGAAGAAGAUCGAGGCGUCGACGGGGCGAAACGCGAUGCGGUUGAAGGUGCUGAGCGCGCGGGCGCAGGCGAUGGAGACGGUGGUGGAGGAAGCGCGCGCGAAACUGGCGGAGACGAGCGCGGACGCCGGACGAUACCGGACGCUGAUGACGGCGUUGAUCGUGCAAGGGGCGCGAAAACUCGGCGAUGCGAGCGUGCGCGUGCGAUGCCGGGAGUGCGAUGCGGCGGUGGCGCGCGAGGCGGUGGCGGCGGCGGCGGCGGAGAUGCCCGGGACGACGGUGACGUUGGACGAGUCGUCGAGUCUGCCGGCGGCGCCCGCGUGUUCGGGCGGCGUCGAAGUCGCGAACUCGACGGGUAAGAUCGUGUGCGAUAACACCCUGGACGCACGCUUGCGUAUCGCGUACGAAAACGGUACCCCGGCGAUUCGGGCGAAGAUUUUCGGCGAGUCGAGCGCC